AUGGCUUCAAGACAGAUGAUUCAACAGCAAAACAGAGAGGCGGUGGUAGUCCCCGGGGGUGCCAAUAAGCAGAAGAACAUGGCGGCCGAGAGGAAAAAUCGGCGAGCACUUGGUGACAUUGGGAAUCGGGUUACUAUUCCUGAGAUUGAAGGCAAGCCACUGCCUCAAAUCUGUCGCCCUGUUACAAGGAGUUUUUGUGCGCAAUUGCUGGCAAAUGCACAGGCUGCAGCAGCUGAAAACAACAAGAAGAAUUCAAUGACAGUUAAUGCCAAUGGUGGCAUUGCAGUAGAUGGAGCAAUGCCAAAAGCUAUGGUGAAAAAACCAGCCCAGAAAAAAGCUACUACGAAACCGAAGCCAAAACCCGAGGAGAUAAUCGAUAUUAGUUCUGAAUCAGACGAAGUUAAGAAGGAAAGGCUUGUAGUGAAUAAGGAAAAGACUGAACAACAGUCAUUGAAAAAGAAAGCUCCAACUCUUACAUCAACUCUCACUGCUCGAAGCAAGGCUGCUUGUGCGAUGAAUUAUAAGCCGAAGGAGCUGAUAGUUGAUAUUGAUGCUGCAGAUGUGAAUAAUGAUUUGGCAGUUGUGGAAUAUGUUGAAGAAAUAUACAAGUUCUAUAAGCUAGUUGAGAAUGAAAGUCGGGUUCACGAUUAUAUAGAUUCACAACCUGAGAUAAAUGAGAAGAUGAGAGCAAUUUUGGUUGAUUGGUUGAUUCAAGUCCACCACAAAUUUGAGCUUUCGCCAGAGACUCUUUACUUGACUAUCAACAUUGUUGAUCGCUAUCUCGCUGUAAAGACAACAUCAAGGAGAGAACUUCAGUUGUUAGGCAUAAGCUCGAUGCUUAUUGCUUCUAAAUACGAAGAAAUUUGGGCCCCUGAGGUCAAUGACCUAGUGUGCAUAUCAGAUAGAGCCUACACAAACGAACAGGUCUUGCGCAUGGAGAAACGCAUAAUCGGUGAAUUGGAGUGGAACAUAACAGUUCCCACGCCUUAUGUGUUCCUAGUACGAUUCAUCAAAGCUUCUUUACCUGAUUCUGAUGCAAGUAUAUCUCAACACAACUAUGAACCAUAUAAGAUGGAGAACAUGGUCUAUUUUCUAGCCGAGCUCGGAAUGAUGAAUUAUGCCACUGUUAUGCAUUGUCCAUCGAUGAUUGCUGCCUCAUCAGUCUACGCUGCAAGAUGCACCCUAAAUAAGGCGCCUGUAUGGACCGAGACACUUAAAGUGCACACGGGUUUCUCGGAGCUACAACUCAUAGAGUGCGCUAAGCUACUGGUUAGCUUCCAUUCGAUGGCUGCAGAUCACAAACUGAAGGUGAUCUACAGGAAAUACUCGAGUCCAGAGCGAGGGGCUGUUGCCUUGCUGCCACCUGCCCAGUGUCUUUUGGUUGCGUCGUAA